GCUUUGAUUUGCGGCGGGUGAGUUCGUUGGGAGGCGGCCCUGUGGCGCGCUCCGUUUCCCUCGGCGGCUUCUGUCAGAGGCCGGACGACGCUCGGUGUCCUGCCUGACUCUGGUCGCGUCUUCUCGGCUCCUAUAUGGGAACUAACUGAUUUGGAUUGUUGAAGCAAGCACAAAAUGGCAUAUAGAAGAGAUGAAAUGUGGUCUGAUGAGCGAUAUGGGUAUGAAAGACUUCCACGAGAACGGCUUCCUCCACGUCCUGAUGUUAUGCCGUAUGCAUUUGGCAGCAUAAAAUUCCAGGAGUCAGAAAGUGUUCUCCAUUUUCAACAUGCUGGAUAUUGGAUGAAUUGGAACAGGGAUGACUACCAUCGAGUAGUGAGCUUCGCUCCCAAGAAACCACCACUUCCAGAGAGACCUGGGGAAGGAGCCUACAGUAGAUAUGAAUAUAGUCAUGCUCAUGUUGGCUAUAGAGACUAUGGAGAAGGUCGCGGUUUUGCCCAUGAAAGAAGAAAUGAACCACCACAUAGAAUUGAUGAUCCAGAAUAUAGAUGGUCAAGAGAAGACCAUCCUAGUCGUCAGCCUGAUUAUAGGGACAUUAGAGAUGGCAUGCGCCGAAAACCUGUAUAUCCUCACUAUGCAAGAGAUCGCUCCCCACAUAAGCGAGAUUCACCUUACUUCAGAGAAUCGCCAGUUGGCAGGAGGGAUUCUCCACACAGCAGAUCUGGCUCCAGUGUUAGCAGCAGAAGUUACUCUCCUGACAGAAGCAAAGCCUAUGCCUUCCACCAGUCCCAGCAUAGCAGAAGUAUGUCAUCUUUACAUAAAAGAAAUAUUUCUCAACAAGGUAAAGAGAGAUCUUCAUCUCAGUCUUUAAAAACCUCAAGAGAUGUAUCCCCUUCAGGAACUACAGCAGCGCCACCUUCAAAGGCCUUGGACAAAAGUAACAGGUUGUCAGAAAAGGAGCUUGCAGAGGCUGCAAGUAGGUGGGCAGCUGAGAAAGCAGAGAAUGCAGACUCAAGCAAUGUACCUGAAAUUUCAGAGUAUGAUGCUGCAUCCACGGAACCUUUAUAUGUUGAACAUCACGAAGAAAACAGUGCCAAUGUUACAGAAAAUAUUGAGUUGUUUGAAGACAGCCAGCAUGUGAGUCGCUCAAAGGCAAUUGCUGCAAAGACAAAGGAGAUCGAACAAGUCUACAAACAGGAUUGUGAAACCUUCGGUGCUGUAGUGAAGAUGCUGAUUGAAAAAGACCCUUCAUUAGAAAAACCCAUUCAGUUUUCCUUGAGACAAAACUUACAUGAGAUUGGUGAGAGAUGUGUUGAAGAACUUAAACAUUUUAUAGCACAAUAUGAUACUGCAAGUCAAGAAUUCGAAGAAUCCUAAGAUCAAAUCUGGAUUGUCUAUAUGUAAAUACUACAGUUUAAAAGUGAUGAUUGCCAUGGAUUUCCCUUCAACAUCUGUACAUCCUCCAGAAGAAUUUUCUUCAAAAAACCUAAUAAAUGCAGAACUUUUUAUAGUAUGGCUAUUUCUCUGGCAAGGUAAUUAAUUCACUUAGUAGAAUUUUUGAAGAAAGCAAAAUGUUCUUGAGGCACGGUCAUGGACUUUUUUGAAUCUCAGUGCAGAUUUGUACAUUCCAUUAUACUUUAAAUUGGAAAAUAUAUUGAACAUAGUUCAGUAGAUAUGAUGUUGCAUAUCUUUGAAAAUAUUUAACAAAAUGCCAUAAUUAUUGAAACAGGCUAUUCAUCUGAAUACAAGUGACAGUUUUCUAAUUUUAUUAAUAUUGACUGCAGGAAUGUAUAUACAGUAGUAAUUGCAACUGUAUUUAUGUAUAUUUACAUGUGCUGUCUUUAGGUAUGGUAGCCAUUUGAAGUUCUAUUGUAAUUUUGAGUAAACAGUUGUUUGAGUAAGCUAGUUGUUUUAAUUUAGUGUUUCUUUUUGUAAAAUAGCCUGUAAUUAAAAUACUUCUAAAUCAA